CUCUCACGCGCGCCAGGGAUAGGUGGGCCCGCCACCCCUCGAUUGCCCUCCUCUCUAUAGCAGCUGCAACCGUGCAACCGUUGACCUUGUCUCAUCUUCCCCCUGUUCCUUCUGCAUUCAUCGCAUAACCAAAGAUGACUUCCAAAACUCUGGACAAUUCCAAUCCGACUGUGCAUGCAACCUUAUCACAGGCCCAUGCUGAAAAGCCAGUCUCUCAGAGCGCGCUGUUGGCCAAUGUCUGGAAGACGUCGAAUGAUGACCCACAGGAGCAGGACAGUGAUAUGGAAUGGGUCAAAUCAGCAGUCUCUCAAGAGGAAACAGGGAAACCUCUAGCGUUUAUAGGAAACACGGAACGAGAGGACAUAGAUGAGCUCGAGGUUUUCGAUUUGUUGCGAUCAAUCACCGAUCCUGAGCAUCCCUUGACAUUGGAGCAGCUCGCCGUGGUAUCGCCCUCUCAGAUACACGUUUCUAACAAGCAGGGUGGCGAACGAAUCCUUAUCGAGUUUACACCAACGAUACCCCAUUGUAGUAUGGCUACUCUUAUCGGCUUAACGCUCCGGGUUCGACUGCUGCGCUCCUUGCCGCCCAAGUACAAGGUCGAUAUCAGAAUCAAAGAGGGCAUGCAUCAAAGCGAGAAUGCCGUCAACAAACAGCUUAACGACAAGGAGAGGGUGCAAGCGGCCCUCGAAAACGCACACUUGCUCGGUGUAGUCGAGGGUUGUUUGUCUAGCGCAGAUAACAGAGGAAAUGCUGGAGGCGGAGUCUUGGUGGCCUGAUCGUUCAUUACCUCAAAGGACAGAGCGUGUCCUUGCUUUCAAUACGCGACAGGCUGCACCUGCUCCAUACUUGGAUGGAGCGAGAGCCAGCAAGUCCCCCGGACGUUGCAAGACUCGUAUAUACCCCCUGGAGCUUGAAUAGUCAUA